CCUCCUCCCUCCCGCGCUUAUCACCUGCUGGCCCGGCGCACGCGGGCGGGGAAGGAGGGCGCGAGGGGGAGCGCGCGGGCGGCCAGGCGCCGGGUCGCCGGAGGUGAAGCGCGACGAGGAUGGCGGCGGCGCGGGGCCGGGGGCUGCCGUUGCUCCUGCUCGCGCUGUCGGUGCUGCUGGCGCUGGGCCUCGCCGCCGCGGCGGCCAAGCUCAACAUCCCCAAAGUGCUGCUGCCCUUCACGAGGGCCACGCGCGUGAACUUCACGCUGGAGGCCUCGGAGGGCUGCUACCGCUGGUCAUCGACGCGGCCAGAGGUGGCCAGUAUAGAGCCACUGGGUGCUGACGAAGCCCAGUGCUCCCAGAAGGCCGUGGUGCAGGCCCGCCUGUCCCAGCCGGCCCGCCUGACCAGCAUCAUCUUCGCCGAGGACAUCACCACGGGCCAGGUCCUCCGCUGUGAUGCCAUCGUCGACCUCAUCCACGGCAUUCAGAUCGUCUCCACGACCCGCGAGCUGUACCUGGAGGACUCCCCCCUGGAGCUGAAGGUCCAAGCUCUGGACUCUGAAGGGAACACUUUCAGCACCCUGGCUGGGCUGGUCUUUGACUGGACGAUCGUGAAAGACACGGAGGCUGAUGGGUUCUCGGACUCCCACAACGCUCUGCGAAUCCUCACGUUCUUGGAGUCCACGUACAUCCCUCCUUCCUACAUCUCUGAGAUGGAGAAGGUGGCCAAGCAGGGGGACACCAUCCUCGUGUCCGGGAUGAAGACGGGGAGCUCCAAGCUUAAGGCACGCAUCCAGGAGGCCGUCUACAAGCAUGUGCGCCCUGCGGAGGUCAGGCUGCUCAUUCUGGAGAACAUCCUUCUGAACCCGGCUUACGAUGUCUACCUGAUGGUGGGGACCUCCAUUCGCUACAAGGUGCAGAAGAUCAGGCAAGGAAAGAUCACAGAGCUGUCAAUGCCUUCCGAGCAGUAUGAGCUCCAGCUUCAGAACAGCAUCACGAGCCCCGAGGGAGCCACAGGCCAGCCUGUGGCCAUCUUGGACCAGGAAACGUCGACGGUCACCGCUGUGCAACUGGGACAGAGCAGCCUGGUCCUGAGCCACAGGAGUAUCCGCAUGCAGGGUGCUUCCAGGUUACCCAACAGCACCAUCUACGUGGUUGAACCUGGAUACCUGGGGUUCACAGUCCAUCCUGGUGACAGGUGGGUGCUGGAGACCGGCCGCCUGUAUGAAGUCACCAUCGAAGUGCUUGACAAGUCCGGCAACAAGGUCUACCUGUCAGACAAUAUUCGCAUUGAAACCGUGCUGCCUCCUGAGUUCUUUGAGGUGCUCACUUCUUCCCAGAAUGGGUCAUACCAUCACAUAAGGGCAACAAAGAGGGGUCAGACGGCCAUCGAGGCAGCCCUCACCUCCGUGGUAGACCAGGACGGAGGGGUCCACACAUUACGGGUGCCUGUGUGGAACCAGCAGGAGGUAGAAAUUCACGUCCCCAUCACCCUCUAUCCGAGCAUCUUGACGUUUCCGUGGCAACCAAAGACAGGCGCCUAUCAGUACACAAUAAAGGCCCAUGGUGGGAGUGGGAACUUCAGCUGGUCUUCGUCAAGCUAUGUGGUUGCCACUGUCACUGUCAAGGGUGUGAUGACCACAGGCAGUGACACCGGACUCAGUGUGAUCCAGGCGCAUGAUGUGCAGAACCCGCUACAUUUCGGGGAGAUGAAGGUGUAUGUGAUUGAGCCCAGCAGCAUGGAGUUCGCCCCGUGCCAGGUAGAGGCCCGUGUGGGCCAGACCUUGGAGCUGCCCCUGAGGAUCAACGGCCUUAUUCCUGGCGGGGCCAACGAGGUGGUCACCCUGAGCGACUGCUCCCAUUUUGACUUGGUGAUUGAGGUGGAGAACCAGGGCGUGUUCCAGCCACUUCCAGGGAGGCUGCAACCGGGGUCUGAGCACUGCAGUGGGGUCAAGGUGAGAGCAGAGGUCCAGGGCUACACCACACUCCUUGUGAGCUACAGACAUGGCCACGUCCACCUGAGUGCCCGGAUCACCAUUGCCGCCUACCUGCCCCUCAAGGCUGUGGAUCCCUCCUCUGUUGCCUUGGUGACCCUUGGCUCCUCAAAGGAGAUGCUCUUUGAAGGAGGUCCCAAACCCUGGGUCCUCGAGCCUUCCAAGUUCUUCCGGAACAUCACCUCCGAGGACACAGACAGCAUCAGCCUGGCUCUCUUUGGACCCUCUACCUCCCGGAAUUACCAGCAACACUGGAUCCUCGUGACCUGCCAGGCCUUCGGAGAACAGGUCAUCGCCCUCUCGGUGGGGAACAAGCCCAGCGUCACCAACCCCUUCCCCGCGCUGGAGCCUGCUGUGGUGAAGUUCGUCUGUGCCCCACCCUCCAGGCUCACCCUGACCCCCGUCUAUGCCAGCCCACAGCUUGACCUGUCGUGUCCGCUGCUGCAGCAGAACAAGCAGGUGGUUCCGGUCUCCAGCCACCGCAACCCCGUGCUGGACCUGGCUGCCUAUGACCAGCAAGGCCGCAGAUUCGACAACUUCAGCUCUCUGAACAUCCAGUGGGAGUCAACCAGGCCCCUGCUGGCCAGCAUCAGGCUGGAGCUGCCCAUGCAGCUAGUGGCCCGGGAUGAUGGGAGCGGCCAGAAGAAGCUGCAUGGCUUGCAGGCCAUCUCGGUUCAUGAGGCAUCGGGGACCACGGCCAUCUCCGCCACCGCCACCGGCUACCAGCAGUCUCACCUCAGCACGGCCAGAGUAAAGCAGCCGUACGACCCUCUCGUGCCUGUGUCAGCCUCCAUAGAACUCAUCCUGGUGGAGGAUGUGAGGGUGAGCCCAGAGGAGGUGACCAUCUACAACCACCCCAGCGUGCAGGCGGAGUUGUACAUCAGAGAAGGCUCGGGCUACUUCUUCCUCAACACCAGCACCACGGACGUCAUCAAGGUGGUCUACCAGGAGGCCAGGGGCGUGGCCACGGUGCACCCUUUGCUCCCAGGCAUGUCGACCAUCAUGAUCCACGACCUGUGCCUAGCCUUCCCGGCCCCAGCAAAGGUGGAUGUGUACGUCUCAGACAUUCAGGAGCUCUAUGUACGCGUGGUGGAUAAGGUGGAGAUUGGGAAGACGGUCAAGGCCUAUGUCCGCGUGCUAGACUUUCACAAGAAGCCUUUCCUGGCCAAAUACUUUGCCUUCAUGGACCUGAAGCUCCGAGCGGCCUCUCAGAUCAUCACGUUGGUGGCCCUCGACGAAGCCCUUGACAACUACACGGCCACGUUCCGCGUCCAUGGCGUGGCCAUUGGCCAGACCAGUCUCACCGCGACGGUGAUGGAUAAAGCUGGACAGCGAAUCAACUCGGCCUCCCAGCAGAUUGAGGUCUUUCCCCCAUUUAGGUUGAUACCCAGGAAGGUGACGCUGAUCAUCGGGGCCAUGAUGCAGAUCACCUCGGAGGGCGGCCCACAGCCCCAGUCCAAUAUCCUCUUCUCCAUCAGUAAUGAGAGCGUUGCCGUGGUGAACAGCGCGGGGCUGGUGCGGGGGCUGGCCAUCGGCAACGGCACUGUGUCUGGGGUCGUGCAGGCUGUGGACGCUGAGACUGGCAAGCUUGUCAUCGUGUCUCAGGACCUCGUGGAGGUGGAGGUGUUGCUUCUCCAGGCGGUGAGGAUCCGAGCCCCCAUCACUCGCAUGAGGACAGGAACCCAGAUGCCUGUUUAUAUCACUGGGAUCACCAACAAUCAGAACCCUUUCUCCUUUGGCAACGCUGUGCCAGGCCUGACCUUCCACUGGUCUGUCACUAAGCGGGACAUCCUGGACAUCCGGGGGCGACACCACGAGGCUUCACUACAGCUGCCGUCACAGUACAACUUUGCCAUGAACGUGCAUGGCCGGGUGAAAGGCAAGACCGGGCUGAGGGUGGUGGUCAAGGCUCUGGACCCCACUGCUGGGCAGCUGCACGGUCUCGCCAAAGAACUCGCCGAUGAGAUCCAAAUCCAGGUAUUCGAGAAGCUGCUGCUGCUGAACCCUGAAAUAGAAGCAGAACAAAUACUAAUGUCACCCAACUCAUUUAUAAAGCUUCAGACAAACAGGGAUGGUGCGGCAUCUCUGAGCUACCGCGUCCUGCAUGGGCCGGAGAAGGUCCCCGUGGUGCACGUGGACGAGAAGGGCUUCCUGACGUCUGGGUCUGUGAUCGGGACAUCUACAAUUGAAGUGACUGCCCAAGAGCCUUUCGGGGCCAACCAAACCAUCAUCUUUGCUGUAAAGGUGUCUCCUGUUUCUUACCUGAGGAUCUCCAUGAGCCCUGCCUUGCACACCCACAACAAGGAGGCUCUGGCAGCCCUGCCUUUGGGAAUGACUGUGACCUUCACAGUCCACUUCCACGACAACUCUGGAGACAUCUUCCAUGCUCACAACUCGGUGCUCAGCUUUGCAACUAACAGAGACGAGUUUGUGCAAAUCGGGAAGGGCGCCACCAACCACACAUGCGUCGUGCGCACCAUCAGCGUCGGCCUGACGCUACUCAGCGUGUGGGAUGCUGAGCAUGUGGGCCUCAACGACUUCGUCCCGCUGCCCGUCCAGCAGGCCAUCUCCCCGGAGCUGUCUGCAGCGCUUGUGGUGGGAGACGUGCUCUGUCUGGCCACAGUCCUGGUCGGCCUGGCAGGCCUCUCUGGAACCUGGAGCUCCUCAGCCAGCAACGUCCUACACAUCGACCCGAGGACAGGUGUGGCGGUGGCCCGAGAGGCGGGAUCUGUGACCAUUUACUACGAGGUUGCUGGGCACCUGAGGACCUACAAGGAGAUAGUGAUUGGUGUCCCUCAAAGGAUCAUGGCCCAUUCCGUCCGCCCAGGCCAGACCAGCUUCCAGGAGGCCUCCAAGGUGACCGUCACCGUGGGAGACAGAAGCUCUAACCUGAGAGGGGAGUGCUCCCCAGCCCAGAUGGAAGUCAUCGAGACGCUGCAUCCGGAAUCCCUCAUUAGCUGCCAGGUUCAGUUCAAGCAAGACGUCUUUGAUUUCCCCGCAUGCGACGUCUUCACAGUGGAGCCAGGAUUUGAUGCAGCUCUGGGCCGGUACCUCUGCUCGGUCACGAUGCACAGGCUGACAGACAAGCAGCUGAAACAUCUCAGCAUGAAAAAGACGGCACUGCUGGUCACUGCCUCCAUCCCGGGCAGCCAUGCCCCCAGAGAGCAUGUGGGCGCCGAGGUGCCCUUCAGCCCAGGGCUGUACACUGACCAGGCUGAAAUCCUUUUGAGCAACCACUACACCAGCUCCGAGGUCAAGGUCUUUGGUGCCAUGGAGAUUCUCGAGAACCUGGAGGUGAAAUCGGGGUCCCCAGCCGUGCUGGCCUUUGAGAAGGAGAAGUCUUUGGGGCUCCCCAGCUUCAUCACCUACACCGUCGGCGUCUCGGAUCCCACAGCCGGAAGCCAGGGGCCUCUGUCCACUGCCCUGACCUUCUCCAGCCCCAUGACUAACCAAGCCAUCACCAUUCCGGUCACCGUGGCCUUUGUGAUGGAUCGCCGAGGGCCUGGUCCUCACAGCGCCAGCCUCUUCCAGCACUUCCUGGACUCCUACCAAGUGAUGUUCUUCACGCUUUUCGCCCUGCUGGCUGGGACUGCUGUCAUGAUCAUAGCCUACCACACCGUCUGCGUGCCCCGGGAGCUCAACGCACCUCCGGCCCUCUCCCCCCGAGCCAGCCCUCACCACAGCCCCCACUGUCUGCUGUGGGGGAGCGGGGGGUCAGGCUUCCGCUCCAGGUCUCCCUGCAUGUCCGGCCAUCACUACCAUCCCUUGGGUGACAUCACGCCACUGACCCAGGGCUGCCUGGGGGACUGGUCGCUGGGGGAACGAGGUGGCCAAGAUUUUGCCGCCUCAUCCCCGACGCCUUUCAACGCACUGCCUCCCAGCCGUAGAGCCAGCCCGCCCUCAAGGUUGUGGAGCCCCGCAUACACCUCCCACUAGUCGGCGGGCCAGCCCUGCGCCCCCACGGUGGGGUCACCCCCGCUCCGCCCGGCCUGGAGUGCCAGGCCCCCUUGCUGCCUGUUCUGGCCUGUAGCUCAGGCCGUGCCCGCUAGCUGCUGCUGACACGUAGGAGUCCCAGGUGGCUUGGAUUUGGUUUUGUUCUUAGCCUUCGCGAACACGCUGGCUCAUCCUUCAUGCCUGGUUGUCUGGGGUUUCUGGGCAACGUGCAGUCCUGCUUCUCUUUUCUCUCCAGCCUUUAGAAUCCCCUUCUUCUCAAGACUUUAAACAGGCAGAAGCUCCAUUUCCUAGGAGGGGUUGGUACUGCAGUGGCCUCAGGGAUUUUUGUGGGGUUUCCCCCCUGCCAUGAAAACUUUACCCUUAGUCUGGCUCCUGCUAGGAGAUGAGGACAGAGAACAGACAUGAGUGUCAGAUGCGGGCCCUGUGACCACACAGAAGCCUCAGGAAUGCAGCAACGGGGACCCCGUGCUGGCUCAGCCUCCCUGGGGGACACUACGGGCCAUGGGAGCUGUGAGCCAGCUGCUCUCUGCCCCUCUGUGAACCACUGUGAAUUGAAGGCAGCCUUUGUGUUUCUGUUUCCUAAGCGUGGAAAAGUCUCCUGGGAUGUGGCCGCAGCCCCAUUGGGCUAUCUGGUGGGGUCUGAUUCCUUCUCUCUCUCACCGCUUCUCUAUGGAAUCGUAGUUAGGAAAAGGUCCUUGAGCCAGAGACUGUGAUCUUCUUUCCUUCCAUGUGUUCUUCCAGAGAAGCCACUGUGUUCUGCCCAAGCACAAAGACCCAGUGUUACCUGUUCCUCCUUCCGCAUCUCAGGAGACCUGAGCCUCUGGCCCACCCAGUGCAGGCCCCGGUCUCCCUGUGGCAUUCCCCCAGCAAGCCACGGAGCCCGGCCUGGCCAGUGAGGGCAGUGUGACUGCUCUCCAGGAAGGGGCUGGGAAGGAGAAGACAAUGAAGAAAAGGCCCUCUUCCUUCCCAGCCCGUUGUUCAUUCAGCACUGGAGGCCUCCAGACCGUGGCCGCUCUGCCUGUGGCCAAGAGCUGGGCCACUCUCAGGAUGAACUCGAGACACCCCCCACCCCCGAGCCAGGUACGCGUGGCUGCUACGUGGGGAGUUGUCCACUUUGACUCUGAGCCACAAGUGUGAAUCCGCUGCAGGCCUCUAGGGCUGGGCCAUGCGAUUUAUUUUUGUAAAGCUGGAAACAGGAAGAAUUGUGCCUUGCAUAUUACUUGAGCUCAAACUGACAACUUGGAUGUAAAUAGGCGCAUUUCUACUUGGUUUAUUUAAUAAAGCUCUCUCUAAUUUCGUAA